UUAAACUUUGCCGUGUCGUUGAUUCUUCAUUUCGUCGUACGUGUACAUCAAGUUCUUCUUGAGGGUGUAACUUUAAGUCCACGCUAAACUAAAUGUAUUAGUGUUUAUUUAUUUAGUAUUUAUUCAAUUAAUAAUAAUAGUCUUACUUCUUACAUAGUCACAAAAAUGAAUUUCAAAUCGUCUCAUCUCUAUCAUCAAUGCUCCUGCUUCUUGGUCAUUCUCAUCAUCGACCUCGUUAUCGCGGCCAGUCUGAAAUACUACGACAUUUUGGGCGUCAAAAAGACCGCCACCGAUCAAGAAAUUAAAAAAGCUUUCAGGAAACUGGCUCUCAAGUAUCACCCGGAUAGAAAUAACGAUCCCGAUGCUGAGUCAAAGUUUGUUGAAAUCGCCCAAGCUUAUGAAAUUUUGGGUGAUCCUCAAAAAAGAAGAACGUAUGACAUCCACGGGGACCCAACGACAGGGGACACUGGAGGGGGAGGUGGAGGACACACCCAUCAUCAUCAUCAUGACUUCAACUACAAAGAAUUUUUCCAAGGUUUUGAUGAAGCCUUCAAGAUGCACCAGCAACGACACAACAAGCAGCACUUUAGAGCCCACUUCAGAGCCCACAAAUCGGCAUUCCCCGACGGAUUCUUCAGCAAUCUUUUCGAUGAUUUUGACUCUGGCGACGAAGAGGAGAUGAACAUCUUUGGUAAUCACUUUGGCUUCAACGGUCACCACUUUGGCUUUGAUGACAUGGGUAAUGUUAAUAAAGCUGCCUCCAGUUUUGCCUCCAGUUACUCAUCAAGCAGCAGUAGUAGUAGCGGCGAUGUUCACUCGUACCAGGAGUCAAAGACGGAAGGUGGUUGCACGACGACAACCAUCAAAAGAGGUAACAGUGUUUCUACACAGACAGUCUGCAGGACAGUGUCGUAAUCAUCGUCGUCGUCAUCAUCGUCGUCAUCAUCAUCAUCGUCGUCAUC